ACCGAUCGCAGUUAUCCACCUACACAAGUCCCAAGAUGCGUUUCCUUAUUGCCCUUUGCCUUGUGGCUGCUGCCAGCGCCGACUCGCUCGGCUACAACUAUCAGCCAUCCGCCUCCACUGGAUCAUCGUCCUAUGCUCCGUCUGCUGCCGGACCAUCCUAUGCCCAAUCUUCUGGCGGUCAAUCCUACAGCCCAGCGGCGGCUGCCACCCAGGAACAGCCCACAUUCAAUGCCCCCUCUGAGUCUUUUGGCAGCGCACCCGAAGCUGCUCCCUCGGCUGACGCCCCCAACUACUCCGCUCCCCAGACCGAGCUGCAGAAGGAGUUCUUCACCUACACAGCCGAUGAGAGCGCCUUCAAUGAGCCAGCCGGAUCCGAGCAGGUGUCCAGUGCCCUGAACAAGGCCCUGCGCGUCAUCUUUAUCAAGGGACCCGAGAACCGUGGCCUGGAGAACGCUGCUCUGGCUCUGGCCAGGCAGGCCGGCCAGCAGGAGACCGCCAUCUAUGUCCUGAACAAGCAGGCCGAUAUCGGAGAUCUGGCCAACAAGCUGAACUCCAUCCGCAGCAACAACAACAACAAGCCCGAGGUGCACUUCGUCAAGUACCGCACACCCGAGGACGCUGCCAACGCCCAGCAGGCCAUCCAGGGACAGUACGAUCAGCUUGGAGGAUCCUCGUCCAUCCAGAACGGCGGUGUUGCCCCCGUGCUGAACUUUGCCUCCCAGGCACCCGCCCGCCCAGUGGCCGCUCCCUCCUCUCCGGAGAACUCUUACCUGCCCGCAUCGGUGCUGCGUCACCGCCUGUAAGGGGCCAUCGAACCGAACGACAGCCGAGUGAACCCACUGACUGACCCCCACUGAUUCCUACGCACUCGCUGC